GGCGGCGCCCGGUCCCGAGACUCCCGGCUGCUUCCAUAGGAGUCCUAGGACACUCCCAGCUCGGAUUGAGCGUGUAUCUUCGCUUCCCAGCCGAUACAGAGGCACCUCCGCCAUCGGCUCCGGUCAGCCUCGCCUCCUUCUCCUGGGACCAGCGCCGGAGCCAGGCCAGGCCAGGCCUCUGACUGGCCCCCGGAGCCCUGUGUGGACUCGCCCACGGUGACAGCGGUCUGCCCGAGAAGCUGGUCCCUUCAGAGUCGGCCUUGUGCUCGCCACCGUCACCUGCUGGUUGGAUUGCGGAAACCCACUGUCUGAAGACCACAGAAAGGAAUCGCCGACCACCCAGAAUCGGAUGCGUCUGGACCUAAAUCUCCCGUCCCUCUCUGACUUCCUUCUGCUCGUUUCAUCCAUUCUCUCAACCCUUCCGGCGUUUCUGUGCCAGGAAACCCCCCACCACCCAGGUAGCUGGGGUGAGCCCCCAAUCUUGCUGCCUUGUACUCCAACCUGUGCCUCCGACCCAGAGACAGUCUGAACCUUACGACCCAAUUCUGCACACAUCCAGGAAGUUCUGCCUUUUCUUCUCUUUCGGUGUCUUCGAUACUCCUCAAAAUUUCUCCUCCUCCUGUGCCCUCCUCGCCCCCCUCCUUUGGGGGCCCCGUGACCCUGAAUGUCGGGGGCACGCUAUAUUCCACUACUCUGGAGACCCUGACUCGAUUCCCAGACUCCAUGCUGGGGGCCAUGUUUAGGGCCGGUACUCCCAUGACCCCCAACCUCAAUCCCCAGGGAGGCGGCCACUACUUUAUCGACCGAGAUGGCAAGGCCUUCCGGCACAUCCUCAAUUUCCUACGGCUGGGCCGCCUGGACCUGCCCUGUGGAUACGGGGAGACAGCGCUUCUCAGGGCAGAGGCUGACUUUUACCAGAUCCGGCCCCUCCUGGAUGCCCUGCGGGAACUGGAGGCCUCUCAGGGGACCCCAGCACCCACAGCUGCCCUGCUCCAUGCAGAUGUAGAUAGCAGCCCCCGCCUGGUGCACUUCUCUGCUCGUCGGGGCCCACACCACUAUGAGCUGAGCUCUGUCCAGGUGGACACCUUCCGGGCCAACCUCUUCUGCACCGACCCUGAGUGUCUGGGUGCCAUGCGUGCCCGAUUUGGUGUGGCCAAUGAGGACAGGGCGGAGGGAGGCCCACACUUUCAUCUGGAAUGGGCCCCCUGCCCUGCAGAGCUCCCCGAAGUGGAGUACAGGAGACUGGGGCUGCAGCCGCUGUGGACUGGGGGGCCAGGAGAGCGACGGGAGGUGGUGGGCACUUCAGGCUUCCUGGAGGAGGUGCUGCGGGUGGCCCUGGAGCAUGGCUUCCGUCUCGACUCCGUCUUCCCUGACCCCGAAGACCUGCUCAACUCCCGAUCUCUGCGCUUUGUCCGGCACUAGGAGCUGAGAACUAGGAAUGCUGCCUUCAGUUUGACUGUGGGCGAGGGGGGGGUGGUUAGAAAGAAUGGGUCAGUAAAGAGGGUGAAGUCUCUCCUGAGCCUCUUCCUAGCUCUGCUCCUGGAGCUGUGAGAGUCAGGGGCCCCGUUGCACCUGACUGGAGCCCAGAUGUGGGCAGGAAUCCCCAAACCGGAGAGAGCCCAAGGGCUCACGAGACCAGAGGGUCUGGACUGGUGCUAACCCUGAGAGGGGUGGGGAAGCUUCCCUGGCUGGUCCUCUCCUGAGCCUGGGGACCUUCGGUGUUUCCUUGCUUGGAGCUUAGUAUCCAGGGUCUGGAAAAGUGGGGAUGCUUCUCUGCCCAGGCUAGGCUUAGCAGAACCGUGGAGGGACAGUGAGAUCUGGGGGAAAUGAGAGACUUUGGAUUGCUCUAAUGUGGUCUUCUGGACUGUGACUUCUCCUGGAGCUGGUGGCCUGGCCUGGCGUGACCAAUGAUAGGUCAGAACACUCUGAAACACGGGAAGGGAGAUUCUUUGCUGUGUUCCAAGCCACCACUGAGGGAGGCAGAAGGGCUACACCCCAUCCUAGCUUGGCACAAGGGAGCUAGGAGAAUCCCCAUUAAAUAUGGGGCUGGAGCAUCCCUCUGGAGAUCCAAGUGUUUUAAAGGAUCCCGUAUUGAUGGUGGGGCUGGCCAUGGGGAGGAGCGGGGCAUCUCUUUGGGUCCUGGCCGUCCUUCCUUCAUGUGUACGUGCCUGUUAGCCAGUGAGUCUGACUGAUGCAUGGGUCCCUGGCAUCCUGGCUCCCAUCCAUGUCGCUGGAGGUGGUGUCUGUGUGCUGGCCUUUCUGUGGUCUCUGUGUGUCCAGGCCUGUUUGGGGUUGCUCAGAAACUAUUUUGGCACCAGGUGUGUCCGCGGUAUGGGUGUGAGUAGACUGAGAAUUAGGUUAAUCCCAAGGUGUGUGUGUGUACAUGUGCUUUACAUCACCACGUAGGCAGGAGGGGCCUGCCGGGCUUUGAGUCACUAGGAUCUUCUGGUGAGAAGUAAGAGAAGUCACUGGGCUUAGCUGGGCCUUGGAGGCCUGUAUAGAAUCCUCGGUUACUAAGGCAACAAUGAGCCUGUUGCUAGGAGAUAGCUGGGGAAGGCCCAAGGCUGCCCAGGGUUGAGAGGAGAUGAACAGAAGAGUUCGAGAGAGUGGGGGAGGAUAUGGAAAUGGAUGGGAUACUCACAAACAACUUGUUCACGGGGGGAGUCACUUAUUUAUCAUUGGUCAUGAUUUACAAGAAGAAAAAUAAAGUUGCUUUUGGAAC